CCCGGGGCGGCUCGGCGACUGCCCCCGGGCUGCACCCCGCGCUGUCGGGCUCGCGCUCCCGCCGGGGACUGCGCGGCCCCCGCGCCCCCCGCGCCCCCGGGAGCUGCCCUCGGGUCCCCGCUGCCGCCUCCCGCUGCGCGCCGGGGAGGAGCCGGCGCCUGGGGACUUGGCCCCGUCGAGAGUUUCCCCCGCGCGGGUGUCCGGGGCGCGGGCAUUCCGACCAACCCGAGCGCCCCGAGCCGGGAGCUCAGCCUCAGCCUCAGCCUCGGCCGAUCUGUUGCUUUAAGCGGCGCGGCGGGGAGUAGCUGGACACUCCUUAUUCUGGUUUUACAUUAAAAAGAGGGAGGCCGAGAAGAUGUUGUAGGUUACUUCCUAGCUGUGUCCGAUGCUACGGGGCUGUGAACGGUGUUCAUUUCCGAAGUGGGCGACUCCAGAUACUUUGCAAAGGUCUCCGCCAGCCGUGGAUGCCUUUGACGCCAUGACCGCAGAGGACGCCGCCGCAGCCAUGAGCAGCGACUCCGCGGCGGGCGGCGCGGCCUCCGCCAAGGCGCCCGAGGGCGUGGCCGGGGCGCCCAACGAGGCGGCGCUGCUGGCGCUGCUGGCGCGCACGGGCUACCGCAUGGUGCAGGAGAACGGGCAGCGCAAGUACGGCGGCCCGCCGCCCGGCUGGGAGGGCCCGCACCCGCAGCGCGGCUGCGAGGUCUUCGUGGGCAAGAUCCCGCGCGACGUGUACGAGGACGAGCUGGUGCCCGUGUUCGAGGCCGUGGGCCGCAUCUACGAGCUGCGCCUCAUGAUGGACUUCGACGGCAAGAACCGCGGCUACGCCUUCGUCACGUACUGCCACAAGGGCGAGGCCAAGCGCGCCGUGCGCGAGCUCAACAACCACGAGAUCCGCCCGGGCCGCCUGCUCGGCGUGUGCUGCAGCGUGGACAACUGCCGCCUCUUCAUCGGCGGCAUCCCCAAGACGAAGAAGCGCGAGGAGAUCCUGGAGGAGAUCGCCAAGGUCACCGAGGGCGUGCUGGACGUCAUCGUGUACGCCAGCGCGGCCGACAAGAUGAAGAACCGCGGCUUCGCCUUCGUCGAGUACGAGAGCCACCGCGCCGCCGCCAUGGCGCGCCGCAAGCUCAUGCCCGGCCGCAUCCAGCUGUGGGGCCACCAGAUCGCCGUGGACUGGGCCGAGCCCGAGAUCGACGUGGACGAGGACGUCAUGGAGACCGUGAAGAUCCUCUACGUGCGCAACCUCAUGAUCGAGACCACCGAGGACACCAUCAAGAAGAGCUUCGGCCAGUUCAACCCGGGCUGCGUGGAGCGCGUCAAGAAGAUCCGCGACUACGCCUUCGUGCACUUCGCCAGCCGCGAGGACGCCGUGCUCGCCAUGAACAACCUCAACGGCACCGAGCUGGAGGGCUCGUGCCUCGAGGUGACGCUGGCCAAGCCCGUGGACAAGGAGCAGUACUCGCGCUACCAGAAGGCGGCCAAGGGCGGCGGCGCGGCCGAGGCGGCGGCGCCGCAGCCCAGCUACGUGUACUCUUGCGACCCCUACGCGCUGGCCUACUACGGCUACCCCUACAACGCGCUCGUCGGGCCCAACAGAGACUACUUCGUGAAAGCAGGCAGCAUAAGAGGCCGGGGUCGAGGUGCAGCUGGCAGCAGAGCCCCAGGGCCCAGGGGUUCCUACCUUGGGGGAUAUUCAGCUGGCCGUGGUAUUUAUAGCCGAUAUCACGAAGGAAAAGGAAAGCAGCAAGAAAAAGGAUAUGAACUUGUACCGAAUUUGGAAAUCUCUGCCGUCAAUCCAGUUGCCAUUAAACCUGGUACAGUGGCCAUCCCUGCCAUUGGGGCCCAGUAUUCCGUGUUCCAGGCAGCGCCAGCCCCUAAAAUGAUUGAGGAUGGGAAAAUCCACACAAUGGAGCACAUGAUCAGCCCCAUCGCUGUGCAGCCAGACCCAGCCAGUGCCGCUGCCGCUGCCGCCGCCGCCGCCGUCAUCCCUGCCGUGUCCACGCCGCCACCUUUCCAGGGCCGGCCCAUCACUCCGGUGUACACGGUGGCGCCAAACGUGCAGAGAAUUCCCGCGGCCGGGCUCUACGGGGCCGGUUACGUCCCGUUCGCGGCGCCCGCCACCGCCACCGCCACGAUCGCCACACUACAGAAGAACGCGGCGGCCGCCGCCGUGUACGGGGGCUACGCGGGCUACAUACCUCAGGCCUUCCCCGCCGCCACCAUCCAGGUGCCGAUCCACGACGUGUACCCGACGUACUGACCCCGCGGGGAGGGCGGAGGCCGGCCCCAGCCACCCCCGCGCGGAACCCUGUGCUAUUUAUGAAGAACCAACGUGCCGCAGGAGCACGCCUCGGAAACCUGAAGGUGAAGAAUGUUAUCAGACGUCAUCCUGAAAAGAUUUUAUAUUCAUGAAGUUUUCACUAGUUUUGUUGCUGUUGUCGUUGUUGUUUUGUCUUUUCGUUUUUGUUUUUUAAGACUAUUUUCGACGUAGCGGCCUGCGUUCAGACAUUUCUCAGAGACUUGGCGGCGGCUCGCGCCCUUAAUUCCAUCUCCUAAAAGAUUUGUACGCUGCAGUACCUUUGUAUAGAGGUUUUUGUUUUUGUAUUUUUAAGGAUAUAUUUUCAGUAUGAAGGUUAUUUUCUUAAACUUCUGCACUCCAGAGAUUUCUAUUUUGUAGUAUCUUCAAUAAUAUAUCAAUUAUAUAUUGAAAAGCACACUUGAGCAGCUAGGGAACUAUUUUCAAAAAAAGAUAUAUUCAAUAUUUAAAGAUACAAACAAUAGUGCUUUAAAAUACUACAUAAGAUGUUAUUUUAAAAGUUAUACUGGAAAGUGCAAUUUUAAAGCGAGUAAAAUCUCUCUUUCAGCUGGCAUUAAGGGUUGACGGUGUUAACCACGUGUUAUCUAUGACAGUUAUAUAGUUUUUCUUUUUUUUUUUUUUUUUUUGAGAAAUUAAACACUCGAUCUCUCCUUAAGCCCACGUUGAAAAGACUUGUCACACUUCUCCAAGUCCAAACACUGGAAAGCUCUCACCUGCCACCAUCACCCUGUUUUCCCUGCUGGUUCUCCACGUGUCUUUCCCUCCCCAACCCCCUACUCAUUUCCCCAGUCCCACCUCUGGGUUUGGCAAGUCUAGGGCAGAUGAAUUACUCUGAAGAGAGAACAUUGAUGGUUUUUAUACUUCUUCCUGGGUUUUUGUUGGGUUUUUUUGUUUUGUUGUGGGUUUUUUUUUUUUUUUUUUUGUCUCGGUUGGGGAGGUUUUUUCAAUAGCAGAGUAUGCAUAAGCAUAAGAUUUUAAUAGUUUCCAUAAGACAUUUUUGCAUUGCUAUUUAAUGUCUCCUUAUAAAGCCUUAAUUCCUUUUCUAGUCAUUUUUGAAGUAUGAAUUUGUAGAGACAGUGAAUGUCAUUGUAGACAAGGCACCCAAAGGCACUUGUCACUGAAAGUUAUGCUUCUAGCUGCCUUAUCAUGUUUCAAUGCAAAAUGUCUGUGGUCGUCAAGGGUGUUAGAAAUAUUAUGUUUAUUGAACAGGGCUUUCCUCCGUUGCUGUGCUCGCGGUAGGUGACCUGAAUUAGGGCGUGCACACCUAGGAGGAGGAGGAGGGACCUGUAUGAGUUAGAAGAUAGCUUGUAAAUAAUCUCCUAAUGCUGGUUUUUAGUUUUAUGUUGCAGAAGUUCAUUGGAUAGAAUUUAAUGCAGAGUGAAAACCAUUUUAUUUCAAUGUUAUUAAAAAGUUUUAUUAUUAGGAAGUAAAUGUAUUGUUGCAGUGUUGUGCCUGUUUCAAGGCUUUUGUUUAGCAGAGUGAAUGUAAAAUACAGUAAAAUGUUAAGAUUGUCAUCUACUUUAUGAAAUACAUCAACUUGGAACUUUUUUUUAAAGGCUCCAUCGAGGAAUUGAGGUGUGCAAUAGGUAGCAAGUACACAGUUGUGUUUUUAUGCCACAUCAGAGAUCUAUAAAAUCUUUCAAUUUUUGCUAAUGGCUGAAUUCUUAUUUAUGGAUUAAUAAGAAGAUCAUGCCUUUAGCAAAUAUUUUAGUUUUGUUUUAAAUUUAAAUUAAGACGUUCCCAAAUGCCUUCCCCCCCCCAUCUUAGGGUGGGAUGAAUUGUUUAUAUAUAAGCAAUAUUUAUUUAACUGUUCUAUAAAAUUAUUGAGUGCCUACAAAGGCCUUUAAACAUUUCUAACAUUUCUUUCCAUCAUUCUUAAAUGACAUAAAAUAAUUGUGCAAUGUUCCUGAUGAUGUACUCAGCAAGCUGCAUCCAGACUCGAAUCUGUUGGAAUGAAUAAUCCAACAAAAUGCAAUUUGGAUCAGAUCCUCAUCCCUUGACUUUGUGUGAAAGAAGUACUCUCCUUCUAAUAAAGGAUUGUCACAGAGGUUCACUGGAUGAGACUCUGAUCUAGCGGUCUUACUGUAUUUUACAUAUGCCUGUAAAUUAUUUGGGGGAAAAAAAAAGAGGGUAAUAAAAAGAACAGAAAAAAAUUGAUAUCUUAACAUGGCAACUACCAAACUACCUUAAAAACAGAUAUUGGUGAGCCUCCUAUCUAUGUUCUGUUUCUGUUUCAAAACCAUUUCACAUACACUACUGAGUUAAGUUUAUAACUUGAAAUGUGAACUUUUUUUUUUUAGGGGUAAGAACAAACUAUAUAAAUGUUUUAAAAAAAAGCUUUAGUGUUCUUUGUUUUCAAACAUUCUAGCAGUUUAGUUAUCUUUAGUUGCUUUGUAUUUGAAAAGCUUUUAAAUUUAUUUAGAUUUCCUCUAUUUACAGUACAUUCUUAGGAUGUAUGUAGUAAAUAAAGCUUUCUUUGAAGCAA